GCCAAUUUUAAGAGAUACAAAAGUUAGUUGUCCUUGGCUGCUUCUCUCCUUUCCUUUCCUCCUAAGCAACAAGUCAAGCUUCUCCUAUCCCUCCUCUCCUCCAUUCUUCCCCAAAUCUUCCCUCCAUACAAACAAAACAUUUUAAAGUUUUUGCUUAAAAUUUCAAAGGGGAACGGGUGAAUGGCGAGACUAGAGAGAGAGUAGAGAGAGAGAGGAGAGAUGGAUUACAGUCUGGCAGCACUGAAGCUCCUAUGCGUACAGCUAAAAGGCGCCCGCCAAACACCAUCACAGUCAGCCAUGACUCUCGGCGGCAUCCUCUUCCAACGUGCUUGGUUACAGGGCAUUUUGAUCUCAGCACCGUCUGAGGAAGACGGGGGCGGCCGGUUCCUCCUUGACGACGGCACCGGCGUUAUCGAACUCUCUCUCUCCGGCGAGUUCCAUAACUACCAAUGGAAGACAGGGACGUAUAUAAUGGUUGUUGGAGGGUAUUUUGUCCGUACGGGUGAUCUCCCCAUGAUUAAGGUUCACAAGAUGGUUGACCUUUCGCCAUUUUCUGAUCGAGAGGCGAUGUGGUAUCUAGAAGUCAUAGAGGCAUACAGACUUUUCUACCUGCCCCUGUUUGAAGAAUGACAAAGGACUGGGAAUCCUCUUUGUUUUUUUGUCUUUGUUCUUUUUGAGUAAUCUAAGUGAUUGAACACUUUCAAUGAUAGAACCAAUUCCGUAAAAAAAAAAAAAAAAUGAUAAUUCCUAGAAUAUUUAGAAUUUCCUGAGAUUGCUUCAUGCGGAGCUGGUACAUGAACUUGAUCCACAUUAGCUUCCUCACUGAAUAGUCGAGUCUGCAACUAAAAGUUACCCAAUAUGUGAUUCUUUAAA